CCCUGUCUUUUUCCAAGACUUUAUCGAGAGCUGACAGCAAUUGGAAAUACACAUAGACAAAGUCUUAUUCAUAAUCUGGUUCGGGGGGUUCAACUUUAACGUCUAUAGCGUGUUUAACGUGGUGCACUGUAAAGCGUACCGAAACUUAUGAUACGCAAUUAUAUCAUAGCUUCUCCUACCUUAUUAUCGUUAGAUGGGCGUAAUGGCGUCGGCAGUUUGGACAAAUGUACUCGUUGCACUAUCAUCUCAGCAUAAUCAAACCGGCGUCCUGCCGCGCCUGGCUCAUAACAAAGUUAAGAGGAACUUGCAAGAUAAAAGCCCAAAAUCAAUAUGCUGGACAGGGAAACGGUGUGUGUCGUGGGCGGUUCUCGGGGGUUUGGGUCUGCUAAUGGCAGUAGAAUUUGCGAAACAAGGGGCCAGUGUUAUUAUCAUUCGUGCCAGGAACCCGAAAACCCUGGGAACAGCUAAAGCAGAAAUCAUGGCCGCUCGUCAGUCGGAAGAACAGGCCGUUCACGCCAUCGCAGUCGAUCUUAGUGACUACAUUGCUCUGAGAAAUGCCAUGUCGGAACACGAUGCGACACCAGACGUGCUGAUCUGCAGCGUCGGCGGAACUACUCCGGCCCAGAUCGGUUUCCUUGCGGACCUGACGCCAGAAGGGCUCGUGUCCUGCUUUGAAUCCAAUUAUAACGCUGCACUCUGCAUCACCCAGUGGUGUGUACAGCGUUGGAUUAAAUUUCCGGACUCGAAGCGUACCAGGCGUCUUGUAUAUAUCGCUUCUUCCGCCGCCUUUGUCGCUCUCCCAGGUUAUAUCGUUUAUACUCCGCCCAAGACUGCUGUCCGAGCAUUGGCAGACACGCUUCGCCAAGAGCUGCUUCUGUACGGCGACGAAAACAUGUACCGCGUUCACAUAGCUUUCCCGGCGGCCUUCACGACAGAUGCAUUCCUCCAGGAACAGGCAGCGAAGCCUAAGCUCCUGAAACAGAUGGAGAUUUCGGACUACGCGACAAAGGAGGAACUGUUUAACAAGAUUCAGAGUGUCGAGGAAAUAGUCACGGGGAUCCUCGAUGGUAUUAAGAAAGGACACUUCAUUAUCACAACGGAUAUGACGACCGACUUGACGUUGAACAAUAUGCGAGGUCCAAGCCCGCGCAGCAGCCCAUUGUAUGACUGUUUCAUGUCAUUUGUAGGCGCUCUCGCCUUCCCUAUGGUACGUCAAAAAUUUGACAAAAUGACCUCUCAGUAUGGCCGAGACAAGGGUCUUCGAAAAUAG